AUGAUUAUGUUCAAGUUCUCUAUGAUAUUAAAAUUUUCGUUAGCGCUACCGUUAAUUGCCCACCCCCACGUCUCGCGGUCAAUCGCUCGCACACUCGUCCGCCUCCUCCUGGUCGCCCCGCUCGCCGUGCUGCUGGCCCGCUCGCCUCGCAGUUUAUCCCGGCGUCUUUUCCCCCAGCUCCCCCCCGCUCGCCGCAUCGCGCCUCCCCCGCUCGCCCUCCCCCCCGCUCGCCGCGUCGCGCCUCCCCCGCUCGCCGUGACGUGCCUCCUCCCCCGCUCGCCGCGCCGAGCCGCGCCUCCCUUGCUCGCUGCAUCGAGCCACGCCUCCCUCGCUCGCCGCGCCGUGCCUCCUCCCUCGCCGCGCCGCGCCUCCCCCGCUUGCCGCGCCGCGUUGCGCCUCCCCCCGCUCGCCGCGCCCCCUCCUCCGCUUGCCGCGCCGCGCCGCUCCUCCUCCCCCCGCUCGUCGUGCCGCGCCUCCUCUCGCCGCUCGCCGGACCUACUGAUCCACGCGCGACCCCAUCUCCGCGGCGCCUCGCAACACGCCCCGAGCUCCCUACGGUCCGCGCGUCCCUUCCCUCUGACCAGAUUCUCUGCUCUCGUCCUCUACCGCCCGCUCGCAACCCCAUCUACGUGGCUAGGGGUUCGGGCAGACCUUCGCUGGCGCAUCUACGGCGGUCUCAGGUUCGUCCGCCCUUCCUUCUUGGUCGGAGCCCCAGAAAAGGGGAUUCAUCGAGAUGGGGUUUCAAUCCAAUCGCGACUCCUGCUUUCAAACAGAUCGAGACAAGCAGUGUGGCAGCAUCAUCGGUGGCUCGGAGCCACGAGCGUGUCAACGACGGCGGUGGCUUGGAGCCAUGAGCGCAAGGGCGGCUGGGAAAGAACUGCAUCACUUCUGCUCGCUGGGACAGGAUGGUGCGUGUGCCACUCCAAGGCGGAUCCCACCGAGCCGUGCAAACACCCCAGCUGCUUCCUCCAGUCGUCCCCCCUCCAUUGCUACAUCUUGGUCUCGCUUAGCUACCAGUACAGUGCAGAUUGCUUUCUCUAUUCAACUGAUUUGGUUGUCUAUGUAUUACCUGAACUCCAAGGGAACCAACUUACAUGGUGUAAUGGGUGGAGAUCAGUAGAUGUUUUUGUGCAAUCGGCAGAAAUCUGUUUCUAAUCAAUCAAAGACAAAGACAAUGAGAACGUUUACUGAAAUCUUUAUAAGUGUUGAUCCUAUGAAUUACUUUUAUUGGAAGUCCAACGAUGAUCUCAUCUUAUUAGGAACUUGCUUUUCAAACAUAUGCAUUGGUAGUUUUUAUCUCUUUGCUUUUGCCUUCUGAACAUACUCGAUUGCACUCUCUAGGAGAUGGCACGGUGCUGCAAACAACUCAUUAUAGUAGUUAGCAAAUGCAAAUCACUAUAUAUUAUCAGCUAUGUGUCUCUUCAUAUGAAAUACUAUAUUUUGGGGAAAGGCAUUGGCUGAGUUUUAAUAGAACUCCUCAGAGUUUAUAUGUUGAGAUUGUCUUCAGCAAACAAGAUCUGUAUUUUUAUUGGGGU